UAACAAUAUUAGGUACAUUUCAACAAAUGAAUUUCUUGUAUAAAAUAUCGCGAUACAUUAAAAAUCCAGUAAGUCAAAUUAAAUCACAUUAAAAAAAAACCUUAUCAAACUCUCGUAUGCGCAAUGUGCAUACAGCGUUGGUUGGUGUUCCGUGAUAUGCUUUAUCUCUCACAAAAAAUUUAUCAAACUUAAUUCUUGUGACGUCCCGAUAACAUUAAUGGUGAUAUGCAUUAAGCGACGUCAUUUCGAAGAUUUUGUGCUACUAUGUUCUCUGCUAUUACAUUAGUCAACGUUUUAUUGCGAGCCGAGAAACAUCGUCAUGAGCAAAAAUGUCUCUCGUGCGAAAUGUGCUGAUCGGUGCGACCGUUUUGAAUAUUUUAAUACUUCUGUUGCAAUUUUCAAGCAAUUCUUUGUCGGAAAAGACAAAAUUGUUUGAUAUUCCAAGAAAUGUGAAUGAGUCUCCGAAUCGAAUGUUUGAUGUUCCAGAGUUCAAGUAUUUAAUUUUCAAACCGAGAUGCAGUCGUAACAGUUCAGCUCCAUAUUUUGUUACAUUGGUGCAUUCAUCACCGACGCAGUUCGAAAGACGGGCUGCUUGCCGAGAAACAUGGGCGCAUUCGGAUCGCCGAACGAAAACUUAUUUUCUGAUAGGCAUAGUUCAAUCACCCACUCUCCAAAAAAGAAUCAACGAAGAGGAUGCACAAUUCAAUGAUAUCAUCCAAGGGAAUUUCGUUGACUCGUAUCAUAAUCUGACGUACAAACACACAAUGGCAUUGAAGUGGUUCUCAGAAAAUUGCCCUGACGUCAAGUAUUUGCUUAAGCUGGAUGAUGAUGUCUUUGUGAAUGCUCCAGCCGUCUAUGAAUAUUUGUUAAACAAUACAGACCAAGUAGCGCAUUUACAUGGCAUCAUAAAUAACCGUACAGUUCAACGUGAUGGAAGAUGGAAAGUUACAUCUGAAGAAUUUUCCAAUGACCUAUAUCCAGAAUAUGUAGGAGGAGCAUCAGUUAUUUAUUCCAAUGAUUUCGUGUAUGAGGCUUUAAAAAAGACAUUUACAACACCAUAUUUCUGGAUUGACGAUGUUUAUGUGACCGGAAUGAUUCGUGAGCAACUUGAUGCUACGAUUAAAUCCAUUGGCCACCUAAAAUUGAGUGGCGAUAACCUAAAGAAAGCCUCGGAAGGCAACGUUACAAUAUUAACGGAGCCCAUGUUUAUUGUUAGUGAACAUGAUCGAAAUUACGAUGAUAUGAUUAAUCUCUGGGAAAUCACAAAACCAUAUAGAAAAGCCCAUCUAUAUGGAAUGUCAUGAUAAUUUGCGCGAACGCAUCCAUCGUCUAUCAAAUGUCUUUAUUCAAUUCAUGAAUAUUUGUAAUCAAAAGUAUCGGCAAUGUGAUAUCGUAUGAAGACUGGGAUUGAAAUAAAACUGAUAAAUAAUUGGAAAUCGAUUUCAAUUGGUUAUUAUAUUGUAAAUAGAGAU